AUGUUAAGUGCUAUCCGUCCACUUUCAGGCGUUACGUUGCUCUUUGCGUCCUCAGUUCGAAAUGAGCGCAACAAUGACCGAGUACUAGAAUUGGUAAAAUGGAGGUUGCUACGUAGGGGGCAUGAUGUCCGGAUAGUGGACCCUAAAGAGUUGGGAUUUCCACUACUUGGUUCUUCGUGGUCAAACUACACCAAUCCUUGGCUGGAAGCGCCUGAAGAACUGAUCGACCUAGUACAACUAGUUACUUCUGCUGAACGAUUUAUUUUCACCGCUUGUGAGUACAACCGCUGUAUUUCUCCAGCGCUAAGCAACAUACUCAAUUAUCUUCCAACUUCCGCGGUUGCGUACAAGACUGCCGGAAUUAUAUCCUACAGCAUAGGUCCUGUUGGCGGCCAAAUGACAGCGUCACAAUUGCGCCUAGUUUUAUUAAGUCUUGGGUUUCUUGUGGUUCCACAUUCCAUGGUCCUGUACUCCGUAGAAGGUAGAAUAUCGCAAGAUGGUCAGCCAAUUGGUUCACAUGAACAGUCGAUUGCAUUGGUGAAAGAAAUUGACAUGCUUUUGGGCCAAGUGGAAUACGUCAGCAGUGCAAUGCAUGAAUAUGGUGCCAAUCAUUCUAGUUAUCUACCACACGUUCACCCGUAGUUUGUCAAAUAUUUUUCCCACCAUCUUUUAAAACAAUAAAUGCAGGUGUUCAGCA